ACACACACCCAAUUACACCUUAUUCUUGAUCCUGCCAUAUUAAUUUGCUCGUGUGUCCAUUCUCAAGAAACAUCAGACGGGUAACAGUGAUUUUUUUUCUUUAGAUUAACUAAGGUUUACCAGAUUUUCGAGUUUCGCCAUACUCAGCUUCUGACUGUGGCAUUUGAUGAUAUCGCAAUAACGAAUAAUCUAUUGCCUCUUCAUCAUGGCGCCUCCUCCCAAUCGAAAUCCAACAACUUUCUAUGAGUACGAGCAUGGCACAUCAGGAUCCCCCAGAGGCUCUAUUAGUAGCAAUCGAAGUGUACGAUUUGACUCGGGCAAUUUCUCGCCAUCUGCAGAAUCUGAUUAUUUGGCCUCUGGAGACCAGAAUGAACAGAAUGAAGGUCUGAGGAGACGAAGGUCUUCGAUUGCCAUACGAUUCAACUCCAUUGCCAAUGCUGGAGGUGUGAAUAGUAUCGAGAACUUUGCGCGAAGUUUAACACGAGCUACUGCCUUCCACGAAAUUACUCCGCGCCGCCCGUCGUUCAUACUUGCUGGGGACGGCAGCGGAGAGGGUGAUGAUCCAGAUCUAGAAUAUGGAGGAUUACAGGCGGACUAUGGUAGAAUACCUCGAUCUUCCUUGAUCAGAGAUCACUUACGGAGAUCAAAUUCGGAUGGUGUGGGUGAUGACGAAUCUGCAAUUGGCGAUGAGACAGAGAGCAACCUAUCCCGGGUUGCCAGCCACAUGAAGCCCGAAGGAGAACGACUUCUUGGAGGCGAUCGGGCAAGCGUGCAAGGAAGUGUAAGAGGCAAUCAAUCCAUCUUUGCCAUUGCUCCGCAUCUAUCAACUCCUUUAGCAGGAAGCUAUGGAACGUCUUAUGGCACAUUACGUUCAAGCUUAAACGAGUCAUCGAUGAUCCAUGCUGGUCAACUUUGGCGACAACAGCAAGCCACCGGUGCAAAUGUUGCUGACGGGGAACACAUGCCUUUGGUUGUCAAGGAGGUCGAAGAAGAUGGAAAGAUCGUACUUGUAGUUGAGGGACAGUCUACGCUUCCACAGACGAUCCUUAAUUCCACGAAUGUUCUCAUUGGAGUUGGACUACUCAGUCUUCCUAUGGGCUUGAAGUACUCCGGACUGCUAUGUGGCAUGAUAUUACUCUUUCUAUCGGCGCUUGUCACGUCGUACACGGCGAAAUUGUUGGCUAAGUGUAUGGAUAGAGAUCAGAGUCUUUUGAGUUUCGCAGACGUUGCUUAUGCAACCUACGGUCGCAAGGCGAAUAUAGCAACUAGUAUCCUAUUUACUAUGGAGCUUCUUGCAGCAUGCGUUGCCUUGAUUGUCCUUUUCGCAGAUUCCCUUAACUCGCUGAUUCCAUCUGUCGGAGUCAAUGAAUGGAAAAUCCUGUGCGGUCUUCUUUUGAUACCACUCAAUUUUGUCCCUCUGCGUUUAUUGAGUUUUACCAGCAUCCUUGGAAUCGUCUCAUGUUUUUCCAUUGUGCUAAUAAUUCUCAUUGAUGGGUUCGUAACACCACGAACUCCUGGUUCUCUAUUGGAACCGGCAACUCAAUACAUUUUUCCAGCCAAUUGGCUCACGCUCCCACUUUCGUUCGGCCUUAUGAUGUCGCCCUGGGGAGGACAUUCGGUUUUCCCCAACAUUUAUCGUGACAUGAGACACCCAUAUAAAUUCGACAAGGCAGUCAAAUACACAUUCAGUUUCACAUAUGUGCUUGAUGCUACAACAGCUCUAGCUGGUAUAUUGAUGUUUGGAGAUAACGUCAUGGACGAAGUGACAGCCAACAUUAUUGGAAACUCAAGCUACCCUCGCAGCUUAUCUCUCAUGAUUUGCAUAUUCAUUGCCAUAAUUCCAUUGACUAAAGUCCCCCUGAACGCCCGCCCUAUUGUGUCUACAAUCGAAUUGCUCUGUGGGCUUGACUCUCGCGCCAUGCCCGAAUCACAGGCCCUUACCGGACUCCCAGGCUACACUCGCGGUAUAAUCAAAGUUGCCAUUCGUAUCAUUAUUCUCAUCUUGUUUGUAAUCAUUGCUAUUGUCUUCCCGGCUUUCGAUAGUAUUAUGGCAUUCAUGGGUUCGGCUUUGUGCUUUACCAUUUGUGUCAUUCUACCGCUAUUGUUCUACGUCAAGAUGUUUGGAAAGGAAAUCACUAGGAGAGAGCUGAUAUUGGAUUACUGCUUAAUUGCUAUUAGUUCUGUAAUGGCGAUUGUGGGUACUGUCUGGGCUUUCUUGCCCAAAGAACUUAUACGCGCUGAAUAAUGCGCGCAUGGCAAACGACACAUUUUUAAUAUUCUUAGGGAGGCAGCAUACAUGCUUUGGGAAUGUGUUCGUUGCAUGGUUCAUAAGGAUUGAUAUUGGAGUUCUGCAUUAUCUAUUGAUGGUGGUCGGUUGAUACUUUCUAUGCAGUCGCUCCAUACCCAGCUUUUCUUUAUCUUGUUUAUACAUAUUUCUUAUUCAUUCUGAGGGUUGUCAUGGAGAGGGAUCGCCGGUUAUUCUGUGCAUAUAUAUAUGAUGGGGAUGAGAUGAGAUUACGUAUAUACUUAAGGUUAAAUGAGAAAUAGGAUAUACC